AUGCACCCUGGUCAUGGCAUCGACAGCCAAUUAUUCCACCGAAUUGAAGACGAGGUUGCGGAUAUCCAUGCUGGCAUCCUUGAUAGGGUGCCUUCCAUUGCUAUACUCGCCAAAUUUGCUUCCAACCUCGCUUUCCAUUUGGUGCAUGCCAUGAACCCGUUCCUGAUCGAAUUCCUCAACCCCUUUAACUAA